AUGGCGGUGUACUGCUGUAAGGGUUCCUGGAGCAGAGUGACAGCAGUGUCCUCCGUGCGCCGUAGCUCUGUGCAGCCGCCAGCAGCUCUGCCAAGUGCCUCAUUAGUAUUCCACGCAGUGGCAUUUGCCAGCCUGAGUGUUGCCUUGGCAACACUGCCCACACAAGUGAUGAUAAAUGAGGCUUUCAGUCUCCUCUCCUUGUCUCUUCUGCUCCUCGAACCUCAGAAUGCAGUGCUGAGGAGGCCAUGGCCAGUGUGCAGUUCUUCCUUCUGGAGGGACGGCCAGAAAAAGUGGGGUGAGGACACGUUCGAGCUGCAUUCGGCCGUGGAAAAGCAGAUUCGUGACCUGGAGGUGAGGCAGGCCCAGCUGAGAGAGCGGAGAGCCGUGCUUGAAUCAUCCUGGGCUGACGCUCACAAGUCUGGGGCCUGGUGCACCCAGGACGCGACCUUCCCAGAUGUCCUUCACUCCGGCACCAGGACACCACAGACCCUGGGUGCAUCCACAGCGGAGGACGUGAACCAGGCCCCGGGCGACGACUUCUCCCCCUCCUGUCCUCGAGAUCUCCACCCGGAACAGCUUCGCUCCCCUCCACAAGAUGGGAUGCGAUGCUGUGAUCAUCGGAGACUCCAUCGUCCGACACGUCCGUGCUAUGUUAGCCCAAGGUAAAGUGCACACUCAUUAUUUCCCUGAUGCUCGUGUUCUCGAUGUUUCUGCGCAGAUACAUGCGAUCCUGAAGGCCGACGAGAGCCCCAGAGUUGUCGUUCUUCACGUUGGGGUUAACGACACCACGCUGCGGCAGACAGAGACGCUGAAGAGGGAGCAGAGGCGGAGCGGAGCUGCUCUCUGACAACAUCUCCAGGACGCUUCGCUCCAUGUG